GUUUUCUCUCUGAAAAUCUUUGCUCUGAAGUGGAUUCUGAAUCCUUGGCCUACAGUGGCUGCUGCGAACAUCAUGAACAACACUCCUUUCAGUGUCACAGAUCGUGCUCCCCAGAAGACCGUCACCAAUGACAUUGCAGCAAAUGCAGAGGUGCAGGCAUUGAUAGACAGUUGCAAUACCAAUGCUUUGCUUAUCAAGAAAUUGCUGCCUCUUGCUUUGAUAGUUGGUGAGAUCGAUUUCAAUACUGCCAGUUACAACUUGGAAGGCCACAUGCGCAUGUUUGCUGGUUUGAAGUCAGCAUUGGUAUUGGGCAUGACUUGCAUAGUGAGGUCACUCAUCUUUGUCCUUGGAAUGUUCCGGAGCGUUGCAAAUGUUGACUUUGUCACCAUCAGUCGACAAGACUAUGAUGCAAAGAUGACUGAUGCAGCUUUCAGUGUAUCAGCCUAUUCUUGGCGAGAAUGCUCCGUGAUUUCUCACCUUAGCGGGCUCGUUCCUCCCGCCCGCGGGUGCUGCGCAAUUGUGCUGCGCGGUGCCUUUCGCUUCUUGCGCUGUGGUGGCGUGCCCUGGCUUGCAUUGUGCUCUGUCUGGUCGGCUGGACCGGACAUCACCUUUUGCGGCGGCUGGUGCCACUUUAUGAAAGUGGUCCUCUUUGCGAUCCUCUUCUCGUUUGACCUCGUUGGCAACUAUAACUCCUACAAGGAGGAGAAGGCUACGAAGGUUGAGGGCCCUUGCGCGACAAAAGUGGCAUUUGCACAAGACUGGACACAAGUACGUCCACAGUCUCCACGCAGGCAGCAGAGUACACAGGCUUAUUCUCAGUGGCAAUGGCCUCAAGAACCCUGGACAGGAAAUGCUGGUGCUGCUCAUCAAGGACGAGCACAAAGUCCCCGACAGAACGCAGGUGGGCCUCGACGCAAGUCGCGCAAAGGCAAAAAAGCAGCGCAGCAAACUUUGCAGCAAGCUGCGCCACCUUUUGUUCAGCAGCCUCCAUUGCCACCGCCUACAACGCCACCUCCGGCAAUGGGCUCAGCGAAGGCUCCUUCAGCCCCGACUAUGACUCCAGGGGUUCCUGCAACAUCAGCGGCUUCCACCAUUGCGCCACCUCCGGAGGAGAUUGUCAAAUACAGGGCAUUGGUGCAAAAGUUGCAGAAGCAUCAAGAUCAAGGUGUCGAGCUCCCGGACGACAUUCAGGUCGACCUCAAGGAUGCAAUCGCCAAGGUAGCCAAGCACAACAAGAAAACGAUGCACCAAGCGGUCAACGCUAUGGACAAUGCACGACAGGACUACGACAAGGCAGUGCAAGCAAGAGCACAGUUGCACUCGCAAUGGAGGUCCUUUCUUGCAGACAGUCUGAAGCUGUGGCAGGGACAUACUGCCAGUUUCCAGACACAGGAAGCCCAGUUGACCGAGAAGAUCCAGCAGGCAAAAGAGGCCUUUGUGGUCGCCAGGGACAUCAUGAACGCCAGCAAGAUCGAGGCGGCAAGCAUGGUGCCUGUGGAGGAGACCAACAAGACUGUCGAGGUCUCGGACGAGGAAGAGCUGAAAGACGUUCCGAUGGCGGCUGCGCAAAGGAUCGCCACGGGCUUGACCAGUUUGGUCGAGACAAUGUCGCAGUUGCAAGCUCAGACAGACGAGCUCGUGCAGGAGGAACAGAGGGCCAAGAGGCCUCGUGUCAACAGCUCCACACCAGCAGAUCGCACCGAAGAGUUGGCCGAUGGAAUUACGUCAUCGCUGCCAUCUUUUGGUGGGCCCGGUGGACAGCCGCAGAAUCCUACUACUUGGUCACCUUCUACGUGGACUCAGUCUUCUGGUGAUGCCAGUUCUGGUCCUGUUCCCUUGGUGAGAUGUAGCAUUAUGGAUGAAUAUCUCAAUUUUCCACAAUUGCCUCACAGUCCUGCGGAAGAUCCUCAUGGAAGUCCUGUGGACAAUCGUGGUCCACCUGAGCGAGCACCGGACUUCACUGAUAACAUCCUCGCUGCACUGGAUCCCUCGUGGUCAUCCUCAUCAGCCAUCAUGCUCAGCGGCAUACUUGUGCGUACUUGGCACAUUCAUCACGAAGCACGACUUCGCAGCGAUGAAUCGAGACUGGUUCGGCUCCCUCCUGACCGCACCAUGUGGAUUGAGUUGCUCACUGAGGCAUGGGCCGAUACGCUUGAUGUUAUGAUGCCAAUUGCAUUUACUCUUCCGAGCCCUAUGCCAACACGAGGACCUUCAGAUCAGCUUAUUGCAUUGGAUGUUAUUCUUGCGCAAGGACUUCAUGUACCAAGGUUCUCUGGCCUCGUGACGGUGCAGUACAUUGAUGACAUCGAUGGUUUGGGUAGCAAUACUAUUGCGGCCUCAUUUCCAGAUCUGGUCAGUGCAUACCAUGUGCUCGAAGCUGGCCAAGUCUUAUCUGUGUGUCAUGGACCUCAUGGGCGCUCUUGUCAUGUUCUACAUGGUUGGCAAUUGCUACAUCUUGACACACACGCCGCUCAUCGCAUGCGACCUGGUCAUUCUUUCACUGUUCAAGUUCCCAAUGACCCAAAUCUUGGCAGUGAUGCUGUACGUUCAGAUGAACCGGCAAGAAGUAGCGUUGCUGCCCAUGGCUUGACUGGCGGUGACCAAGAAGAAUACUUCGACACAGGGUUGCAACAUGAAGAUCGCGACCGUCAGGGUGAUGAUCCAUCUCACACUCCGACAUCACCUGACUUGGACAUGUCGGAUGGCCCGCUUUUCAAUUGUCAUUUUUAUCGUCUACGACAUCCUCCUCUACAUAUGUUCAUGCGUAAUGCAGCAGGAGUGCCAAUGCUAGUUGAGCUUGCCAGAAACCUGGGAGUAGUUCCAGCUAGCCUACUCCAGGCUCAUACCAUCAGAGCUCCUAUGGUUGGUGAUUGUCGUGAUGACUUUUCCUUCAUCAUCCAGUCGGUGACGGAUCUACCUUCGGCUUCGUCAGACGCACUGGUAAUCAUCGACGUGGAGGUGCACUUCCAUGUCACUGCCAGUGGUGUGCACCCGCUUCCAGCGGCAACACGACGUGUCCAUCGAGUGCCUCGGCACCUGGCUCGUGAAGGUGUACUACACUAUGCUGGAGUACGGCAGUAUUGCUUGAGACAACGCAAUGCCUGCCUUGUUGAGCUCAAUGGGCAGCCUUGGCCGGUUCGUGAUCCCGCCUCCAAACAAAUGCUUCAUGGUAGUUACCUGCGAGUGACAGUUCCACCGCCAGAUGGUGAGAUGAACACGCUGCAAGCAAUUCAUGCGGCAGACAAUCCAGCACUGCAGGUUCAGCGGGACCUUUUGACUCCAUGGCGAUCGCUUCUGCAACCUCACGAUCCCCUUCAGAUUCUGAUUGUUGGACCGCGUCCUCUUCAUGCUACGACCACCAUUGACACGGUGCAUGUGAUGAUUGAGCAAAGACCACAUGAAGGACGAGCCGCAGCUGUGAUCUCCACACUUUUUCAUGGUGAACAUGAGGUGAUCAAAGGGCCGCUAGUUCCUCUGAACCCUUCGUACCACGACGGCUUCUACCUUCGACUGCGGCUUCAUUUCUACAGAUGUCGUACUUUGCUGGGUGAUCGUGACUUGACUGAUCUGCAACAAUUUGAAGUCGAGAAUGGCAUGCAUCUGGUUUUUCACAUCCUUCGUGAAGGAGUCGUUUUGCCUACACCGGUUGAUUCUUCGGUGAUUCAUGCAAACAGUGACGAACAGGAUGACGCGCCUCUUGCUCUACUUCAAACGUCAGCGCGAAGACAAGUUCUCCAGCUCGACUCCUGCAUUGCACCACCACGCUGCACCUUCGUUGAGUGCCAACAGGUUUUGUUUCUCCGUGAACAGCUUUGCAGUGGUAUCAACAUUCAACCUGCCUUUGAUGUUCACGCCAUUUGGUGGCAUGCUUCUACGUGGUCGAAGCUGGCUUGGAUGCCUGUUUGGUCGACAGAACGUGCUCAAGGCUUGACAUUCUACACAGAUGGCUCCAACUGGAGGUCUCAGAAUCGUGCUGCAGCUGGUGUCUUCUUGAUUGUUCAUACUGAUGAAGGCAUGCGGUUCGGAGGAUUUUUGACGACACCCUGCUUGACGCCGUGCACAGCGCCUCGUGCAGAAGCGACUGCCUUGAUCUUGGCAGCAUUAUGGAUUGCACAGGUUGCUCGAUGUCAUCAUGAUGCCAUGCCAUGGUUUGAGAUUGCAUAUGACUGUGAGCACACUGCGAAUAUUGCACGAGUCUUGAGCAUGGCUCCACAAUAUUGGGUGCACGAGCAGAAGGACUUGCUUCUCAAUUCCUCACUGCUGGAAUACAAAUCAUUGGCCUUCAAGAAACCCGAGCGCGCAUGCAAGGUCAUUCGACCUUUGACUCUUUUCAUGUGCUUUCAGGUCCAGCAACCCAAAAAGGACAAGGUGGAGUUCAGUUAUGGAUGCGUCAGUCAAUUUGGACCUCUUCGGGCCACAUCAAAGUUGAAAUUUCUGACCUUCGAAUUUUGCACGCUACCUCUCGGACAUGGUGUCACGUGGACUCACCCCACUGGUACUUCAGCACGACUGGACUUCAUCGCAGUAUCCGACGACAUUGACCUUGCUGCGGUGUCUUCAUGGGUAAGCUCAGAUGUCGAUCUCACGCUUCACCGACGUGAUCAUGCAUGUGUUUGUGCUGACAUUAGUCUAGCAUUCCAUCUUGUUGACAAACGCCCUCGAGAUGCACGUUGGCAAAAGGCACCUUCUACAAGCUUGGAUGUGUAUUGGGCACUUGAUGUGCAUACUCAUGCGGCUCGUCUACAACAGUGGAUGCAUGGGUGGAAUCCCCAGCGUCGCCAUUGGCGCAAGCGGCACAUGAGUGAAACCACAAAGAGACUUAUUGAUGCAAAACGUUUCCAUUGGAAGAGGCUUCAGACCAUUGGACAGCAUCAGAAACGAAGUCUGCUGCGUCAGCUUUUUGCUGCAUGGCGCCACCCAUGCACUGAAGUGCCCCAUUGUCAUUCUUGGCUGAAAGAAUGCGAUAUGGCAGUUGCAUGGCAUCAAGGAAGCUUUGCAGUCCUAGCUCCGCUUGUGGUCCAGGCUGUUCGCGAGGACGACCGGGCCUUUUACGAGAACCUUGCCAUGCGUGCAGGAGAAGAGUCGACCAAAGGCUGUCAAGUGCUCUGGAAAACUAUUCAACCUCUGCUUCCACGAUGGCGAAGUAAGAGACGUGUCAAUCUGAGAGCUUGUGGCCCAUCUUUGGAAGAGCAAUUUGAUCAUUUCGAUCAGUUAGAGGCAGGGCAUUGUCUGGAGUAUGAGACCCUCUUGCAACAGUGUCAUGCCGCGCAGAAGGAAGAUGCUGAUGACAUUCCAGUGCAGAUUCAGCUUGAGGCCCUUCCCUCUCGCACCGAUAUCGAAGUGCUAGGAUGUCGCAUCAAAACAACCCGAGCCCCGGGCUUGGAUUCUGUUGCACCCCCUGUCUUACAACAGACGUGCCAGCAGCAUUCCAACUUGCUCCAUCAGUUCAUCCUCAAGGUAUGGAUUUUGGGUGCCGAACCCUUACAAGGUAAGGGCGGUCUGAUUCAUGCAAUUGCGAAGAAGCAGGUGAGCAGCCGUAUCGAGCACAUGAGAGGCAUCACUCUGAUUGAUGGUUUGGGAAAGCUGGUCCACUCAUUUUUACGUGGACAAUUCCUUCCUGCCCUUGAAGCUCUUCGGCAGCCUCUCCAGCUAGGAGGCUUUGCACGCAGAUCGACACUGUUUGCAACUUUGUACGUGCGAUCCAUUACACAAAUCGCUGCCUCGCAGUCUCUGUCCUCCGCAGUGCUUUUUGUGGACAUCAAAAGCGCAUUUCAUUCCAUGGUGAGACAGAUCGCAUUUGGCGGCGAAGGGACGCUACAUCCUAAACUUCGUCAAGUGCUUAUUGCUCGUGGUUUUGAUCUGGAUGCACUGUAUGCUCGUGUGUGUAGUCCGAUGGUUGCUGGCGAAGAACAUCUUACUCCCACCACCACGACGCUACUUCGCGAUGUUCACCGUCACACGUGGUAUGCACUUGGAGCUGCGGAAGAGGAACUUCAAGAACAUUUCGAUCAACACCCACCGCUGCAAGCUGCCUUUAUGCAGCUCGGCAUUCGUGCGUUGCCAGUGGCUUGGGUAGAUGACCUUGCAGUUCCCUUGGUUUCGUUGACGGCUGAUGGUCUCCUGCCUAUUGCGCAAUGGACCAUACGCACAGUGGUUGAUGUAUGUGCAUCUUUCGGUUUGGAGAUCAAUUUGAAGCCACACAAGACCGAGAUUGUUCCUGCUUUUCGUGGACAAGGUGCUUCAGUUUGUCGCCGUCGGUCUCUGUUGGAGCAGUUUGCUCGAGUCCCAGUACCAGACUCAGAUCAAAGUGUGAGAAUUGUGCCCAGGUAUGAGCACCUUGGCACUUCUUUCCAGGCGGAUGGUGGCAUUGAAGCUGAAGUACAACAUCGUGUCAACAAGUGGUUUGCGGAUGAGCGUCUUACAGGGCCUCGACAAGUCCGUCGACUCUAUCGGAGUGCGCUGCAACAUGGAGCUGUUAUUGGAGCAGCCUAUGAAGCUCAUCAAUCCCUGCGGAGUCAGUUGCAGAUUGGAGGAGUGACAUUUCAGGAAGCCAGCAUUGGUCAGCCUGACCAAGUGCAUCAGCAUGCGUGUCGUUGGUGUGCCAAAACUUUUCCUACUUUGAGAAGUUGGCAGAAUCAUUUAUGGAGUGCUCAUGGAGAACCUAGCGAGGAGAGACUCUUCAUGACCUCUACUACAUGCCCGGCUUGUUGGACAUGCUGCUGGACAACCAAUCGUCUCCAAAUUCACUUGCGCAACAGUCGCCGCCAUCGACAUGGAUGCUACGAGCGCCUGACCUGGUAUCAUGUACCUAUGGAACAUCUAGUUCCCAUUGAGGACAUUGAUCCAGCAGAGCAUCACGCACGACUUCCAGCUCUCGUCGUGCCACACGUGGUUUCCCAGACAGUCAUGGCAUGUGCGACAAGGGAUGAUGCCUUGCGACGAUGGACGCAGGCAUGCCAUGAUGAAGGGCUUGCUCUGCCCCCUGAUGACAUCAAAUUGCAGCAGUAUAAGAUUGCUUUUGAUGACGUGCUCUGCGACCAUGAUCUACUUGCCAGAGCUGAUCCCGAUGCUGUGCUCUGGCGACUUUCAUGUUUGGUGGAUGAUGCUGAGUCAAUUGACCUUGCCUCGGGUAUAGGCGCAUGGGCCCUUGCUAUGUGGAUGAUGGACGAGCUCUAUUAUUCGCGGUUUCCCCACUUCAAGGUCGAGUUCUUUCAGCGCUGCUUUGGUGCAAUUCGACAGUUUGUGCAGCUCUCUCCUAUUGGGCAUUUAGCAUGUUGGCGUCGUAGGAUGGACACGGCCUUUUUGGAUGAGCUGCCACGUGCGGUCAGCACUCCAGAUUCACAGGUCCAUCAUGGCCCGGGUGAUCUUGAGCCGAUUUUGAACCCGGUUUUGGUUCAGAAGGAUUUGCUUGCGUGUGUCCUUCACCCGCUUCUUCAUGUUCCUGCAUGUCGUGGUAUCCCGGCGGAAGAGUUUGAGGGGCGCAAAACCGUCUGGAUCCUCCAUCUCUUUAGUGGACGUCGACGUGUUGGUGAUUGCCACUGGUGGCUUGAACACAUUGGCCAUUUGCUGUGGCCUGAGCUUCAAAUGAAGAUGAUCUCCCUCGAUACCGCUGUGCAUCUUUCGCUUGGCAAUCUUGCGAAAGGCUCCAAUUUCGACAAGGUCAAGAAGAUUGCGCAGUCUGGUCGGAUCGCUGGCGUUCUUACUGGGCCCCCGUGUGAGACCUGGUCUGCGGCGAGACAUCAGCAGACAGAGCAGUGCCUUGGUCCAAGACCUCUGCGCUCGGCAGAGCUUUCUUGGUGUUUGCCUCAGCGCACAGAUAAAGAAUUGACACAAUGUGCUAUUGGCACGGAGCUCUUGGUCAACUCCUUGACGGUUGAGACGGCUACAGUCCUCAAUGGAGGUGCAUCGAUCAUGGAACACCCGUGGGAGAAUGGGGAUGAGGACAAGGCAUCUGUCUGGCGUACAGACAUCCACCAGCAAUGGGUGAUGGCGCUGCCGAAUGCACAUCGACACUAUGUGGAACAGUACCUCUUUGGCGCUGCUGGCGUGAAGCCGACAUGUCUUCGAGCGCUGAAUCUUGGUGAGCCGGCUUUGACUACAGCUGUCCUCCAGGAAGGCAUGGAGCCAUGGAGGGUUAAACCUUCCAUUCAGCUGAUUGGUAGAGAUGCCUCGGGUCGCUACCGUACUGCGGCCGCCAAGGAGUACAGUAGUGCACUUUGCCGAACCAUGCUCAUAUCUCUCGUGAAAGGCCUAAGAGACAGAGCACGCACAGAAGGGUUCAGGCUUGCACCUGCAUGUGCACAGCAG